AUGGCUGAUCGUUAUGCCCAAGUUCAUGAACACCCCAACGGCCCGGGGGACAGUCGCCCGACUGCGAUCCAGAUCAUUCAAGACGAGGACUUGGUUGGAAAGCUGUCCGGGAAGGUCGCCUUCAUCACUGGCUGCUCUUCUGGAAUUGGUAUGGAGACUGCAAAAGCCCUCCACCUAGCAGGCAUGACUUUGUAUCUCACCGCUCGCAACCUCGCCAAGGCGAAGACUGCUCUGGGGGAUCUGAUCGACAGUGACCGGGUUCAUCUCCUUGAACUCGAUCUCGACUCCCUUGCAAGCGUGCGGUCUUGCGCGGCCGAGUUUCUUUCCAAGAGCCAAACCCUCAAUAUUCUGAUCUGUAAUGCCGGCGUUAUGACCCCUCCCGAAGGUCGAACCAAGGACGGAUUUGAGACCCAGUUUGGAACCAACCACCUCGCCCAUUUCCUCUUGUUCAACCUUGUUCAACCUGCUCUGCUGGCUGGAACCACCCCUUCGUUCGCUUCUCGAGUCGUGGUUCUUUCUUCUGUUGCUCACCGGUUUGGUGAGGUCAACUUUGAGGACGUCAACUUCGAUGGCGGAUAUGACGCCAUGGCUGCAUACGCAGCCAGUAAAACCGCCAAUCUUUGGACCGCCAACGAGAUCGAGCGACGAUACGGCUCGCAGGGGGUCCAUGCAUGGAGUGUUCAGCCAGGCGCCGUCCUCACUAACCUGGUGCGACACAUGUCUGAUGAACAGAAGGGGGCGCUUGAUGGAGACGCGUACCUUGCCUCUAUCUAUAAGAACCCAGAUCAAGGGGCUGCCACCAGCGUGUGGGGGGCUACCGCGAAGGCUUUGGAAGGAAAGGGCGGUCGUUAUCUCGAGGACUGCCAAAUUGCGAAGGAAUGGGAUCCUUCGUCAGGUCUAUACACGCCAGGUUAUGGCGCUCAUGCCUAUGAUGAGGAAAAGGCGGGCAAGCUAUGGGCGGAGUCAUUGAAAUGGGUAGGGCUGUAG